AUGCAUUCGUCACUGGUGCGGAUACAGAAUGUCUUCGGCUUCUUCACGACCGUUGCCUUCAGUCUGGGCAUGCUGAUAGCGCUGAGUGUGGUUGCGUCGCAUCAGAACCCAUCAGCAGAGCUCGAGUUGCGCAACGUUCAAGUUGUCAAGGGCCGUCCCCACUACUACAGCACCAAGAAGGAGGAAUAUGCGCACAUCAAGUUCGACCUCGAGACUGAUCUCACAUCCCUCUUCUCCUGGAACACCAAGCAAGUCUUUGUCUACGUGACUGCGACCUUCCCUUCCAAGUCUCCUCUUUCUCCUCCCUCGGAAGCAAUCAUCUGGGACGCCAUCAUCCCAGCCCCUUCGGAGCCCUGGCACGAGAACACCUACAUCCACCCGCAGAAGAACCGCAAGCAACCCAGCCGUCGCCAAAACACCGCCGCAGCAAACCACAAGGCCUACCCUGAGGGCGCCGCUCCCGGCAUCCUGAAGCUGUCAAACCAAAAGCCCAAAUACCAAAUCACGACUCCGUGGUCAAAGAUUGGUGGUGCGGAAAACUGUACGUUACAGUUGAAGUACAAUGUGCAGCCUUGGGUGGGUGCUCUGUAUUGGAGUUCGCCUAGACCGUUUGGAAUGUGGGAGGGUCUGCAGGGUGCUAUGAGUGAUGUCUUCCAGAUGCCUUUUGUCAAGAACUCUGCUCAGGCUUCCAAGAGCAGAGAGGAGCUCAAGACCGAAACUGGUGGCGAGAGGAACAGAGGAAGCCCCGCUUGA